UCUGCUGGACCACCGAGGAUAGCGCGCGACCUUGGGGACGUUGUCAUGGAUUUGACGCGGUUGGCUGUGGAUGCUGGUCAGUUCAUCAACCGGGCUGUUCAGUACACGGAGGAGAGUCUUGGCCAUGCGGACAAGACAGAGUUGGACCCCGGGCUAGAGGAGCUCUUUUCCCGGGCAGACUCCACCAAGACCUGCACAGAUAAAAUAAUCUCCCAGACGGAGGUUUUACUUCAGCCCAAUGCCGGAAUGCGGUUAGAGGACCGGCUGUAUGAGCAUCUGGAUUGGAGCGUCCCCCCUCGUCCUCGUGCACAUGAAUUACUUGGAGACCAAAUGAUCCAGGCUGGGAUGGAAAUGGGGUCCAACACACCCUAUGGAACUGCACUGCUCAGGUGUGGAGAGGCUCAGAAGCAGCUUGGCGAGGCGGAGAGGAAGUUUGCCCAAAGCACUAACAUCCACUUUCUCACCCCUCUGAAGCGUUUCACUGAGGGGAAACAGGCCAUGAGGAUGAGCAUAGCCAAGACCAGACUGAGAAAAGCCCACGACGCCGACCAAGAAGGCAGAAACCUGAAUGCCAACCCGCUGGAAGACGACUACCUGUCCCAUGUCUCUUUCAUGUUCAGCUUCCUGCGUGUUAAAUGGCUAAAGAUGUGGGCCCAGGAAAUCUCUCAGGCAGAGAUGGAGCAGAGGAUCUGUCAGAGCCUUUUCGAUCGACAGUCGGAAAUCGCAAGACAAGUUGUGGAAGGAAUCAGCCACACUCAUACCAACCACAUGCGGAGCCUGACUGACUUUGUGGAGGCGCAGGCUUGUUAUUUCGACCAGUGCAACCAACAGGCUCAGGAGCUUCAGAAGCAGCUGGCCAGCAUUACAGCAGUCCUCUGGUCCAAUAACUGGCAGUCAGCUAUUAGUAAUGAAGUCAAUCAGCCUUCUACCAGCAACCAUGUAGCCAAUGGGUUAAAUCAGGUCACUCCCAUUCCCAUAGUCAUCCACCAAGUUCCAGACUUCAACCAGGAUUCAUGGACUACAAAUCCACCGGCCGCAACUGAAAAACCAAAAGAUUCCUCUGUAACCACACAGCUAAAUAACAACAACAACAACAACAACAACAACAGCAACAACAACGAAAACAACUUCUUUUCUGAUGGCCAGGCAACCACCCGCUGUUUAGCGGUCAACCAAGCAUUGUAUCCUGUCUGUUCAUCAUAUUUGGACAGUCCCCAAACAGAUCAGAUAACAGCAGUUAGCAUAACAGCCAGCGCAGGAACCAACAGCGCAACAGCAGCAAUACCCAGUGGUGCAGGUAGUCUGACAACAACAACAACAACAACAACAACAGCAGCAGAUUCCCCACCUUCUGAACUCAGCGGAACCUCAACCUCAGUAGCCAGUGAGACCAUAACAACCGAAGACAUUGCUGUAGAGUAG